ACAAUCGAGCUGAGCUGACAAGCGAGAUGGCAUCCAGACCUAUCGUUGGGCCCACCAUGCCCCCCGGGUACCUUCAGGCCUCUCGCGCCAGCGACGAGGACGACGACGAGAUUGGUCCGGCUCUACCUCCUCCGCCCGGAGAUGGGGCAGUAGCAGGGCACGAGGAUGGGAUGAGCUACGCAGAGCGGACUUUCCUAGAGAGAGAGCAGCGUCAGAAGCAGGCCGAAGCAGACGCAAAAGCAGCACAAGAAGCAGCCAACAACAGCCGACCAGACUGGAUGCUUGCCCCGCCGCCUUCCUCCUCCCUUUCCUCUCUGCUUCAACCAAACGGCGGCCCUCUCAAAGCCCGUGGCUUCUCCCAGAACACCCGUGUUCAAAAGGGCAAUUCCGCAGUCGGAGCAAGUCAAGGAGGGGACGAAGGUAUGGCCCUCUGGACCGAGACGCCUGAGCAGCGUGUACAGCGGAUGAAGAACGAAGUCAUGGGUUCUGGACCGGCUACUCCUCGCGAUCUGGAGGAGGAGAGGGAAAAGAGGGUGGCAGAAGUCAGAGAUGCUGAGUUGCAGGAGAAGGUCAGGAAGCUGGAUGGACAAGCUGAGAGGACCAAGUCGCUGCUGGAGCUGCAUCAGGAGGAGAGGAGGAAGGAGUUUCUUGACAAGAAGGGCAAGGGGAGGAGUACAGGGGAGGGAUCUUCGUCGGACCGCAAAGGCUUGAGACGGUUGGAGGCUCUUGACGGCUCGGAUGAUGAGGAUUUGCCAAGAAGACGUAGAGAUACGUCAGACGAGGAGAGUCAGAGGAGCUCCAGCAGACGCAAUGGCGACAGCCGCCGGAAGGACUACAACGCAGACUCCAGGAGGAAAAGGGACAGACGAGUUGCGGACGAGGAAGACUCUGACGAAGAAGACAGGCGGAGACGACGAGAGAGAAGAAGGCGGAAAGAGGAGGACCGAGAAAGGGGCAGAGAAGGCAAGGGCGAAGAGAGUAGAAGGAGAACUUCCCGCUCGCCCGAGCGUAGGCACAGCCAUCGUAGUCGACACGAUGGAGACAAAGACGAGCAUCGGCGACAUCGAGAUUGCUCUCGAGAGCGACAUCGGGAUCGUGACCGCAAAUCUUCUUCGCACAGGAGGCGUCGCCAUCGGUCCUCCUCCUCCUCCUUAUCUCGAUCUCCUUCUCCUGACGCUCGUCGGCGAGACAAGGAGAAGAAAGCGCAACACAAGGCAGAGAAAGAGAAGGAGACUGGCAAAGGUGGAGCCUCAACGAUGAUCUGGGAUCGCGAUAGAGCGAUGAGUUUUAUCCCUACGAUGGACGAGAAGAAGAAGGCAAAGCUGCUCAAUGACGCUCGUGGACUGGGUGAUCGAUUCGGUAGCAGCGGUUCUGGCAGCAAAUUCUUAUGAGCGGCAAUUGUACUUCAAUGCCGAAUUGAUUGGUUGUGAUGCAGACUAGAAUGGCAUCUUCAUAUCAUCUCUUCCUUCCACCUUGAUGUCUUCUCAACGAAUGAAAGCAUCGAGCCUGGUCAGCUGUGCGAACACAGCCUGCUCGAUCCUGAAUCGCAGCAUUCCAGCAAACAUCAUCAACGACCUCGCCUUGUUCCUGACCUCGGCCAGACGCGCCUCCUUGCCCUCCCCCGCUCCAUUCGUAGCAAUACCACUGGUGGUGGAGCUCUUGAGAG